GCUGUCGUGGCUGCUGCAGCUGCUUCGUCAGCUGUGACGUCUGUAGACGGUGGGGCGUAUGACCUCAGAUGUGCCUACGCUUCAACCUCCCACUCGACUUCCUACAGGCUUGGGGGAGUUGGGGGCCUCUUCGCCUCCCUCAUGCCAUCUGGUCUUCCCCUCAUCGCCCCUCACCCUCUUCUGCCUUUCCCCGCCCCACGACACGUGUACACCAGACCCACUGUUCCUAACUCCCCCAGAGCGAGGUCUUUUACAGUCGAAGAAAUCCUAAAGGAUAACAAAACACAAUCCCAACCCCCAGGGCGUGACGACGUCUUGCUUUACCCCGAGGUUGAGGGCAACAGAAAGGCCAUCAGUCAGUCAGGACCUCGCAAUGAUAGCCGGAGUUCUGCCCUCCCCGUGAUCGUGUCGACGCUCUACGGCUCCUUAUCUCCUUCCUUGCUCGGGGAUACGAGCUCCACGUGGGACGCAGCCUCCAUCACCACGGUCCGUAACGAGUCGCUCCAAUACAGUUCUUCUUCGUCGAGUUUGCAUAAACAACUUAGUGAAGAAAAUACCAGAAGAAACAGAAAAGAAGAAUCAACUCCCGAUGACAAUUGCAGGGUCAUAAGCAAUGAUCAUGAUCAUCUAUGGAGUUCAACAGAAGAAUCUUUAGAAAGCAAUUUAAAGAAAACAAGAUCGGGCGAUGCUAAUCAAGUUCCGAGGGCCGACGGUAGCGCACGAUACUUUCAUAAGCGCGAUAACAUCAGAGAAGAGGCAGCAACAUUCAACGUUAAACACGAAGAUGAGUCUCUUAGUGAAAUGCUGCCUGCCAAAAAGGACUUCAAUGACGAAAUUGAGCAAAAACGGAGCGAUGCUCAAGCGGAUAGUAGCAGGAAGAGCGACCAGCCGACAGGUUUCAGAGGAUACGCGAAGGAAGUAUCGAAGCCUUCAACAUCUUUUUCUCCACAUUUCGAAUGUUAUUCAGCGUUUGAACGCAUCCAUCCCGUCGGCGCUGCCCCCUACCCCUUCUCGCUGGGGUCUUCGGGGCCCGUGGACCUGCGGUCGCUGGGGGGCACAGCGCCCCGGCCCGCACCUUCCGUCCAGCGUAUCUCUGAUACCAAGGUGCGUAUUGUGACUCACGGCAGCGAUGCUGACAUUGUGAGUCACGGCAGCGAUGCAAAAUAGUGCGGUGCCCUAUAAAUCAAAUCUUGUGCCACUUCUACAGUGAUGUGUUCAGCGGAGAGAACAGCUGUUAUGUGUUCAGCGGAGAAAACAGGUAUGGUGUGUUCAGCGUUAAGAACAGCUAUGUGUUCAGCGGAGAAAACAGGAAUGGUGUGUUAAGCGGAGAAAACAGCUUUGUGCUCAGCGGAGAGAACACUUAUGAUGUGUUCAGCGGAGAGAACAGCUGUUAUGU